ACGAGCUCGUCUCAUGAUCGUUCACUCACCAGCGAGUACAAGCUACUCCUUCCUGCAAAGGAGAUCAUCAAUGGCGCUUACUUUUACGCGCCAUAGCUUGGUCGUCAUUGUGGGCGCGCUUCUUCUCCAGCUCUUCUUCCUCGCCGGCUUGGCCCCGGCGGCGGCGGCUGCGGGGCCGACGGGGCAGGUGACGGUGUUCUGGGGCCGGAACAAGGACGAGGGGUCUCUCCGGGAGGCGUGCGACACCGGCUUGUACACCAUGGUCGUCAUGUCCUUCCUCAACGUCUACGGCGCCCGCGGCGGCGAGUACCGCCUCGACCUCGCCGGACACCCGGUGGGCUGCAUCGGCGGCGACGUCAAGCACUGCCAGCGCAAGGGCGUCCUCGUCUCCCUCGCCAUCGGCGGCGGCGCCUACUCGCUCCCGACCAACCAGUCGGCGCUCGAUCUCUUCGAACACCUCUGGAACACCUACCUCGGCGGCGGCGGCGGCAAGGGCGCCGUGGCGGCGGCGCGGCCGUUCGGCGACGCCGUGCUCGACGGCGUCGACUUCUUCCUCGACCGCGCCACGCCGGCGGAGCGCUACGACGUGCUCGCCACGGAGCUCGCCAAGCGCGGCAAGCCGCCGCGCCGCGCGCUGCACCUGACGGCCACGACGCGGUGCGCGUUCCCGGACCGCGGCGCCGCGCGGGCGCUCGCCACGGGCGCCUUCGAGCGCGUCCACGUGCGGUUCUACGGCGGCGGCGGCGGCGGCGACGACAACUGCACCGUGUACUGGGAGGACGCGUGGGACAGGUGGACGGCGGCGUACCCGCGCAGCCGGAUCUACUUCGGCCUGCCGGCGGCGCCGGCGGUGGCGGAGGAGGAGCAGGACGGCCGGAGCGGGUACGUCUACCCCAAGACGCUCUACUACCGCUACGUGCCGGAGUUGCAGAAGGCGGCCAACUACGGCGGCUUCAUGAUCUGGGAUCGCUACAGCGACAAGCAGAGCGGGUACAGUGGCUACGUCAAGAACUGGGCUUGAGCCUAUGUAAGUGAAAGAACAAGUCGAUCGAGAGAUCAAUCUCCGUGCAAGAAUACAACAGUUUGAAAAGGGAUCCGACUUAGCUGUACUGCCUUUGAGCCACUGAACACAUGAGACAUGGUGCCUUUGAGCCACUGAACACAUGAGACAUGGUGAUGUGGGAUCUA